AUGAUUUUUGACUUCGUUAGAAGCGGCAGAAUGAGGCAGAACGUCCGUGCUUCGGAGCUCAUUCCGCAAUCGGAAAAGCGCUCGGAUGCAGAGAAAAAAGCAUUGCGCAAGCAAAGGACCGACGGCAAGCGUGGAGAAGCCGCCAUGGUCGGCAUGGCAGACGUGGACGGCCCAGAGGCUGAGCUCCUCGACAUGGAGGUCCAGCUUGCAGCCGCAAAAUGCGCCUGGCUUCGCUUCAAAGAAACCGGCUUCAGGAGCAAACGUGCGCUGCAGCUUCUGGAUAAUUUCUUCUGCUCUCCCGGACAGGAACUCGUCGUACAAGCCCCACGGCCACCAUCACUGCAUCCCUCCGUACACCAGCCGCACCAGCUGCACCAGGCCACGCUUCCGCCGCCGCCGCCACCACCGCAGCAGCAGCAGCAGCAGCAGCUACAGUCGCGGCGCCAUCGCGGCCGUGUUAACAGCCGCGAUGACCUCCGGUCGCUGGAGGCGGACACUUUCCUGGGCGCACACGAUCAGCCCUGCCUCAGCAGAACCAAGGCGCCUCAUCGCGCAGCAGUAGCCGCCGCCGCCGCUGUUGCCAAUCCGAGCUCUGCCCGUUCUUUUUCCGCUGCUGAUCGCGUCACGCCCUCUGGAACGGACGGCCGGGACCCCGCCAGGAUCCCUCGCGAGAGGCAGCGACCCGCAGACAGCAGCAGCAGUACUGGUGAAUGCACACGCAGCAGGCAGCCGCUAAAGUUCAAGGAAUGGGCCGCUGAGUAUGCGCGCGCCGUGGCGGCCGGGCACACGGCGAGGGCCUUGAGCUCCUCGCUGCAGCCUAACGAGGUUAUUGCGGCGGCAGGGGCGGCGAUGGCGGCGGCAGAGGAUGACGUUGGCGCCGCAAUGUACGACGUGGCGGCCGCCACACCUGGUCCCCUGUUGGGCCAUGCCUCUCACCUGCCUUGCUGGGGCCUAGCCCGGCGUUGGCUAGACAGCCAGCAGCAGCAGCAGCAGGCGCCGCCGUCCGCGGGUCUGAGCCCUGUCGCGGAGCCGCUGCGAACGAUUCCGUACUCGCAGUGGGUGCGGGACGUGCUGUCACUGGACGAUGGCUUCGGGGGCACUCCCUCGCCCUGUGCCGGUGGCGGCAGCGAUGGCUCGCCCGUGCGGGUGCUGCGAUUCGUACUUCCCAGCCCCGGGGAGGACCAAGAGCAGCAGCAACAACAACAACAACAGCUGUCCUCGUUAUCGUUGUCGUCGCAGCCGCCAUCAUUCCGCCCAAGCGCUGUGUUCGACCUGCAGCCCAAUGAUGAUGAUAAGGAGGAGGCGGAGGAGGAGGAGGAGGAGGAGGCUGGGAUUGUCUACGAGGCGGAGUGCUGCGACAUCUACUCGCACGGCGCUGGCGGCGACAGCGAUGGCGGCAGCUUUGGGACGGAGAGCUCCAAUACUACUGCUGGGGGUAGGGACAGCUCCCUGCCGGUGCCGCCCAUGUCGUUCUGGCAACUAGGCCAGUAA